AUGAGACGAUCUGCAGCACCAAGUCAGUUGCAGGGGAAUUCCUUCAAAAAACCAAAAUUUAUGCCACCAGGAAGAAGUAAUCCAACUCCAAAUGAAGGGAUUACAAAGCUGAAUCCAGAUAUAAAAUUAAUAGAGGGUGCUGCAAAUAAUACCUUUCUCCAGUCACAAGAUGAUCCUAGUUUAAAUCUUCUGCCUACUGAAGAAAGUACUAGAAAAAUUACUCACGAGGAUAAUUACAGUGGAAAAUAUUGUUUUGAAGCAUCUGCAGUGACAUUAGGUCCACCUCAUAUAGUUCAUUCAGCCCUUAAAGAAAUAACAGUGUCCAAGGGACAAGAAGAGGAACCUGAUAGCCUAGUUAAAUAUUUCAGUGUUGUUUGGUGUAAGGCUUCAAAGAAAAAACACAAAAAAUGGGAAGGUGAUGCUGUUCUUAUUAUAAAAGGAAGGUCAUUUACAUUAAAGGAUUUGGAAGGCAAAGACAUUGGAAAAGGCAUUGGAUAUAAAUUCAAAAACCUUGACAAUAUCGAAGAGGGCCAAACACUGAUGAUUGGUGGAAAAGAAAUAGAAGUUAUGGGUGUAAUCUCUCCAGAUGACUUCAACAGUGGCAGGUGUUUUCAGUAUGGAGGAGGAAGUCCUGCUGUCCCAAGUUCUUCUCAGGCUGCCAGGAAGUGUUUCUCUAACCCUUUCAAAAGUGUCUGUAAAUCAGGUUCAAAGGAAAAUAGACAGAAUGAUUUCCAAAAUUGCAAACCACGCCAUGACCCAUAUACACCAAAUUCCCUUGUUAUGCCACGACCAGACAGGAAUCAUCAGUGGAUGUUUAAUAAGAACUGUUUCCCUCUUGUGGAUGUAGUGAUAGAUCCUCACCUUGUAUAUCACCUUCGACCACAUCAGAAAGAAGGAAUCAUAUUUCUUUAUGAAUGUGUGAUGGGAAUGAGAAUGAAUGGCAGAUGUGGAGCUAUUCUUGCUGAUGAAAUGGGUUUAGGGAAAACAUUGCAAUGCAUUUCGCUCAUCUGGACCCUACAGUGUCAGGGACCUUAUGGAGGCAAGGCAGUAAUAAAGAAGACACUUAUUGUCACACCUGGAAGCUUGGUGAAUAAUUGGAGGAAAGAAUUUCAAAAAUGGCUAGGAAGUGAAAGGAUCAAGAUAUUUACUGUUGAUCAGGACCACAAAGUUGAAGAAUUUAUCAAAUCUACAUUUUAUUCUGUUCUUAUCAUCAGUUAUGAAAUGUUACUUCGUUCCUUGGAUCAAAUUAAGAAUAUAAAAUUUAAUCUUUUAAUUUGUGAUGAGGGACAUCGUUUAAAGAACAGUGCUAUUAAGACAACUACAGCCCUCAUUAGCCUCUCUUGUGAGAAAAGAAUAAUUCUAACUGGUACUCCAGUUCAGAAUGAUCUGCAAGAAUUUUUUACGUUAAUUAAUUUUGUAAAUCCGGGGAUAUUAGGCUCUUUGUCAUCUUAUAGGAAAAUAUAUGAAGAACCCAUCAUUAUAUCGAGAGAACCUUCUGCUUCUGAGGAAGAAAAGGAGUUAGGAGAGAGAAGAGCAGCUGAACUUACUUGCCUCACCGGGCUCUUUAUCCUUAGAAGAACCCAGGAAGUCAUAAAUAAAUAUCUUCCACCUAAAAUAGAGAAUGUAGUCUUUUGCCGACCAGGAUCACUACAGAUUGAGCUUUAUCGAAAGCUGUUGAAUUCUCAGGCUGUCAGGUUCUGUCUUCAAGGAUUGUUGGAGAAUAGUCCUCAUUUAAUAUGUAUAGGAGCUCUUAAAAAACUGUGCAAUCACCCCUGCCUUUUGUUCAACUCUAUAAAGGAAAAAGAAUGUAGCUCAACUUGUGAUGAAAAUGAAGAAAGGAGUCUAUACAAGGGCUUGUUAAAUGUGUUCCCUGCUGAUUACAACCCUCACCUGUUUACUGAGAAGGAGUCAGGAAAACUACAGGUGCUCUCAAAGCUCUUAGCAGUUAUCCACAAACUUCGUCCUACUGAAAAAGUGGUGUUGGUAUCCAACUAUACACAAACCUUGAAUAUUUUACAAGAAGUUUGCAAGCAUUAUGGAUAUGCUUAUACAAGACUUGAUGGACAAACACCAGUCUCUCAAAGGCAGCAAAUUGUUGAUGGCUUCAAUAGUAAAUACUCUUCUGAUUUUAUUUUUUUGUUAAGUUCAAAAGCUGGUGGUAUGGGACUCAACCUAAUUGGAGGAUCUCACUUAAUUCUGUAUGACAUUGAUUGGAAUCCAGCCACUGAUAUCCAGGCAAUGUCUAGAGUAUGGAGAGAUGGUCAGAAACAUCCCGUCCAUAUUUACAGACUUCUUACCACAGGUACAAUAGAGGAAAAGAUCUAUCAAAGGCAGAUCAGUAAGCAAGGUCUUUCUGGGGCAGUUAUAGACCUAAACAAGACAUCUGAACAUAUUCAGUUUUCAGUAGAGGAACUUAAGAAUUUGUUCACGUUACAUGAAAGUUCACAUUGUGUUACUCAUGACCUGCUUGACUGUGAGUGUAUAGGAGAAAAAGACAUUACAGAUGAUUCAUUGGAAAAAUUUGGUAUCUCUAGACAUUGUCAGCUUGGUCUACAUCACCAGAAAUCUAACUCCCUGAAACCUCUUUCUAUGUCACAGCUGAAGCAAUGGAAACAUUUUUCUGGAGAUCAUUUAAAUCUUACAGAUCCUUUUCUUGAAGGAAUAAGAGAAAAUGUGUCAUUCUUUUUUCAGAAUAUAACGAAUCAAGCUAUUGCCAUAUAA